AUGGAAUUAUCUUCUAUUAAAUUUACCAUUGGUAUUGAAAUGGAAGAAGGAAAGAUUGUUGGUGAAGUUUAUGAAGUUGCUAUUGGAACUACUGAUCCUGGGUCUUUAAUUAAAUAUUGGCAACUAUUAGGAUAUCGCGUAGGAGCCAAGGAUGAACUAUUAGAAACAAAUGCAUUGCAACUUUAUGGUGUAAAAUCAAAACUUCAGUCGAUUCGAUUACGUCAUUAA